CCCGGCGUCGAGGGGUUCCGCAGCGGGGCCCGCGCGUGUCCGGGCCGCCCGAGGCACCUGGUCCGUCCGCCCGGGGUUCCGCCCGCCCGCCGUGCCGCACUCCGGGCCCAGCCUGGUUCCGGAAGGACGAGUCGGCGCCGGGCCUGCCUGCCGCGCCGGUGAGCGGCGCCUGGAGGGGCCUCUGCUCCCUUCGCUCUGAAGAUUUCCGCCGAGACUUCGGCUUCGGCUUUGCCGUUUCUGUUUAUCUUUGAGACGUUAUCUGCGGGUAGGGAGACGAGCCGGCGCGCGGGCGUCUAGGGCGUGCGUGUUCACAUGAACAAACGGCAGGCUGUGUGCACGCAAACCUUCCUUUUAACGGUAAAGAAAACCGAGAAGGCUCGGCCGCCGCCCCGGCAGCCUCAGUUCGGCCCGCCGGUCCCCGCGGGGUCGGACUAGGUACCGUUCCCCGUGCUUUUCUUUAGAAAAAUCCGAGUCUGAUGAAAAUUUUAACAUACAGUUUUGGUUGUAGAUGAUUUGCUCGUUUUUAGCAUGUGCAUGUUUCUCUCUCCCAGAUAAAUAAUUACAUUUUAUAGCGAACUAUGUGUGAUUGUAAGUACAUUGAGAAUGAAUUGCACACGUGAUACCUCACUCUUAAAUACUUAGUAAAGCAUCUCCCAAAGGUAGACAUUGUACUACUAAAACGACAAUACUAGUAUUUCAACGUUUCACCUAAGAAAAUGAAAAAUAAUGUCACCUAAUGUCCACCGUACUAACUAGAAUUCUCCGCAUUGUUCCAACAUAGGCUCUUGGGUGCAUUUGGAUCUAACACCCAUGCAAGAAACACAGCCCCUGUGCGAUGUCCAAUGACGGAGCAGUGAUGCUCCUGAGCGUGGCUGCUGGGCAGCAGGACCGCAGAGUCCCCGCACCGAGAGGGGUGGAGACUGCACCGUCCAUCUAGACGCGCUGCCUCCCUGAGUGGUCCUGGCGUCCAGGGAAGGAGCGUUCUGACGCGUUUCACCAUCAUCGUCACGGGAUGGCGGCCGUUGGCUUGUCCCAGGGAGGUCAUGUUUCCGGGGACCCCAUUUGCCUUCAUGAAGCAAAGACACAGGCAGCUAGGAUGGCGGCCGGCUGUCUGACGAAUGGUCAGUGUCGACGGACGUGUCACGUGCCUCAGACCAGUGUGUGUGUGAUGACUCGGGACUCGGUGACCUUUGACGACGUGGCCGUGGGCUUCACCCGGGAGGAGUGGGCUUUACUCGACUCAGCGCAGAGGGACCUGUACAGAGACGUGAUGCUGGAGAACUACAGGAACCUGGCCUCAGUAGGGAGUCGCCUGUUCAAACCCAGCGUGAUCCGUUGGCUGGAGGAGGCAGAGUGGAUGGCAGUGCAGAGGGGAGAGCUCCAUGAAUGGCAACUGAAAACCAGUGGGUCAGCACUUUGGCAGGAUAUUAUUUGUUUAAAAACAUCAAAUGGGAUUCAGAUGGCAGGAAGCCACCAUGGAAGGGAAGCCGGUGACUGUGAGCGGCGUGCAGUGUUUGCUGAGCGCUGGCGCCUCAACCCGCACGCGAGAACUCAAGGUGCAGGGAACACUCACAUCUCUGAUCGGUGUGGGAACUUUUUUAUUCCCCACAAGAAAACCUCUACUGGAGGGAAACUUCCUGUGUUUAAUCCGUGUGCAAAAGCCUGUAGCUCCACUGCAGAUGUUGUUUCCCACGGAACGUGCAAGGGAGACAGAUCCCUGGACUGCAGGGACGGUGGGAAGGAUUUCCUCCGUCAGUCCUACCUUCAGGCCCAUGUGAGAACUCGCACUGGAGAAGAGCUCUAUGGAGGGAAGCAGAGCGGGAGGGCCCUCACCCGCCUCACGAGCCCUGCUAUGCCUGUGGAGGUGCGUGCUGCAAAGAAUGCCCCCGUGUGUGAGGAACGUGGGAAAUCAUGCAGAUCUCCUUCCGACCUUAAACUUCACACGCGAACCCACGCUGGGGAGAAACCCUGUGAACUUACGGAGUGUGGGAAUUUCUUGGCAAUUUCUUCCAGCCUAACUGAACAUGUAAAACUUCGUAGCGGAGAGAAACCCUAUCAGCAUAAGGAAUGUGGGAAAGUCCACAAUCGGUUUUAUCUACUAACUGAGUGUUUAAAAACCCCCAGGAGGGAGAAACCCUUUGAAUGUAAGGUAUGUGGAAAAUCUUUUAGAAAUUCCUCAUGCUUGAAUAACCAUGUUCGAAUUCACACUGGGGUAAAACCCUAUAAAUGUGAGUAUUGCGGGAAAGCCUUCACUGUGCGCUGUGGCCUCACUAGACACGUACGAACUCACACUGGCGAGAAGCCGUAUGUGUGUAAGGAAUGUGGGAAAGCCUUCUGUACAUCCUCAGGCCUUAUCGAACAUGUAAGAACUCACACUGGAGAGAAGCCCUACGAAUGUAAGGAUUGUGGGAAAGCCUUCACUGUUUCUUCCAGCCUGACUGAACACGUAAGAAUCCACACUGGAGAGAAACCCUAUGCAUGCAAGCAGUGUGGAAAAGCCUUCACUGGGCGCUCAGGCCUUUCUAAACACGAACGAACACACACUGGAGAGAAACCCUAUGCAUGCAAGCAGUGUGGAAAAGCCUUCACUGGGCGCUCAGGCCUUUCUAAACACGAACGAACACACACUGGAGAGAAACCCUAUGAGUGUAAGGAAUGUGGGAAAGCCUACAAUAGGUUUUAUCUACUAAAUGAACAUUUAAAAACUCACACACAGGAGAAGCCCUUUGAAUGUAUGGUAUGCAGAAAAUCCUUUAGAAACUCCACGUGCCUGAACAAGCACAUUCAAAUUCACACUGGAAUAAAACCCUAUGCGUGUAAAGUAUGCGGAAAAGCCUUCACUGUUUCUUCCAGCCUAACCGAACACAUACGAACUCACACUGGAGAGAAGCCCUAUGAAUGUAAAGAAUGUGGAAAAGCCUUCACGACCUCCUCACACCUGAUCGUGCACGUAAGAACUCACACUGGAGAGAAACCCUAUCUGUGUAAGGAAUGUGGGAAGGCCUUUGCUUCUUCCUCACACCUCGUUGAACAUGUAAGAACCCACACUGGAGAGAAACCGUAUGUAUGUAGAGAAUGCGGGAAAGCCUUCCGUGCUUCCUCACACCUACAUAAACAUAUAAGAAUUCACACAGGACAGAAAGCCUAUAAGUGUAAGGAAUGUGGGAAAGCCUACAGUAGGUUUUAUCUAUUAAGUGAACAUUUAAUAAAUUACACCGAAGAGAAGCUUUUUGAAUGUAAGGAAUGUGGAAAAUCCUUUAGGAAUUCUUCAUGCCUUAAUCAUCACUCUCAACUUCACGCUGGCGAGAAACCUCAUUAAUGUGAAGCAUGUGGCAAAGCCCUCGGUGAUGCUGGUCCACUUUGGAGACGUGGACAUACACUCCUGAGAUGCCUCCCCAGUUUCAGGAACACGGGAGAGCCAUUGGAAUCCGAUCACAGUCCAGCACGCAGGAGCUCACCGUGGACCCGUGCGAUGUGAGAAACACGGAAAGCCUUCACCGUUCCCUUGGGUUUUCCUAAAUAUGUGAAUCUCGGAAUGCCGAGACACCCUGUUGAUGUGUGAUAUGUGGAAAAGUUGUA